AUGACAGCUUCAACCACACCCCAGUGGCUGCAGAAAGUCAACAAGAAGCGCAGCAUCCGUGACGAUCUCACCGAAAUCCUCUUUAAGGAUGCGCUGAAACAAGCCAAUGAGCUCGAUUGCUUUUUCAAAGAGAAUGGACGCCUUGUGGGGCCUCUACAUGGAGUGCCCAUGACGCUGAAAGACCAAUUCGACGUCCAAGGCUACGACAGUACGCUCGGGUAUGUGGGGCGAGCAUUCAAGCCUGCGGAGCAGGACUGUGUUCUGGUUGCGCUCCUGCGGCAAAUGGGCGCCAUCAUUAUCGCCAAGUCCAACCUUCCACAGAGCAUCAUGGUGAGUAAAUGA